UCCUCCCAACGUUUCGUUUUCGUGUUUUCGUGCAUCGUCUGCUGCUGCUGCAGCGUUUUCCUCCUUCCCGGCUUCCCCCAUUCCCUGUCCCCUCCCCAUCACAGAGACCAUCUCUCCUCCGCUGACGGCUGUGACCCUCCAGCCGCCCGCCGGUGAGCCCUCUUCCGCUCUUAUCUCUCACUCUCUCUUUCUCUCACGCUCUCUCAGUCUUGUUGCGAGAGGAAGAAAGAAGGGACGGCAGGAUUCUGGAGUAGCGGGAGAGGGUUUCUCUUCGUCUCCCCCUUCCUCUGCUUUCCUCUUCUCUCCCCCGCACGUCUCCGCCGACGGCAAUAGAGACGCCCUUUCUGUCCUUCUACUGUGCCAGCAACCUCUGUCUUGCCGUGUUCUGGCUCACUUCCACCGUCCGUCCAGCAGCUGCCACCUUGUCCGCAGAAGCAACCAUCCAGCAAGGUUUCGUUUCAAGGAUUCACAGGCAACUUGCAGGCCUUGGUUUUAGCUUUUUUCUUACCUCGUCGGUACUGUUCCUCAAAUUUUUUGUCAGCUCCCUCGUCUCACAUCGAACUUGAAAGAUCUCUGGAAAAUAAUCAGUCAAAUGGUUCCAGGCACAAUUUGGGAGAACAGAACCUAUGGUUCCAAGGAUCGGCUCGUAGUUGAUUUGCAGAAUAACCUUCUAUUCGGAUAUUUCCAGUAUUCUGAACCCUCCCACCAAUGUGAGUUUAAGGCUACAAGGAAUCCAUUGCGUUCAAGUGCCAACCGCUCGAGGUCACACGAUUUUGUGGACCCCGUCCUAAUGAUAAUGUGGAAUUUUCUAGAGGCACUUCCAACUCCACAAAUGUUUGUCCAAUUCAGGUGUAGUGGACUUUGUCGAGAAUAUAAUCAGGGUCUCCAUCAGAUCUCUACAACCUGGAAUAUCUGUCACAUUCCUAACAGUGCCUUUUAUAAUCAGGCUGAUAAAGCAUCUAUAUAAGCAUAUCGUGUCAUUAUUUAUUGAAGUUCUGCAAUUCUGCAUAUGUUGACAGACAACCAUUGAUUGAAGCAUGAUAUUAAAGUGGAGUCUUCAUCUCGGAUUGAGUUCAAUAAUUUUGUGGUGUUUGUGGAUCAGGUCACUAGGAGUCCUCCAUUACCCUCUGACAACCAUGACACGUCAACCACCACUCUGGCCAUCUAGAAUCUGCAAUACAGCAUCUGACGCAAUGGUGCAGUUAGUAGAUCUCUCUUUGAAACCCAAUAUGAUUUUGCAUGCCCUACAAUGCUAGCUGUGUUGUCAAUUUUCUGGAUUUUUCAAAAUGAUUGUCAGUGUGACUGCAUGCAUCUUUAGGAAUAGAUGCACAAAUUUGUACUUCUUGCAAAGCUCUUAGAUUUUUCUAUUGUUUUCAAUGAUAUUCAGAUAUAUUUUAUGUGUGUUAUGGACAAAUCUGUGGCCCUCAAACUGAAGCAGCUUUGUGGCUUUUAUGUUCAUUCAUAUGGAUGCAUGUAGUUCUAGACUAUUGCUACUUAUUUCUGCUGGAUUGCUACUUAUGCGACUAUUGCCGCUUGUUUCUGCCAGUGUUCUUUUUUUUCAUGUACUUAACACAAUGCUUUAUUCAAUGCUCAAGUUGUUGAUUGGUUGGCUGGAGGGUUAUUGAUUAGCCCCAUUUAUUA